UGUCUUGUGCAGAUUCCUUAAGAAGGCGUGAGUGAGCCAUUUAGCAACAAUGGUUGUAAAUUUCAAAGUUUUUAAGAAAUGCUCUCCAAAUGGAAAACUUACAUUAUAUUUGGGGAAAAGGGACUUUGUAGACCAUAUUACUGGCACUGAACCAAUAGAUGGUGUAAUUUUACUUGAUCAGGACUACAUAGAUCAAAGAAAAAUUUUUGGCCAGGUUAUAUGCAGUUUCAGAUAUGGCCGUGAAGAAGAUGAAGUUAUGGGACUUAAUUUCCAAAAGGAUCUUUAUCUUGCCUCGGAACAGUUGUAUCCACCUCCAGAAAAAUCAGAACAUGGUCUGACUAAACUCCAGGAACGUCUCAUAAAGAAACUUGGACCAAAUGCAUUUCCAUUUACCUUCACACUACCACCAAAUGCUCCAGCAUCAGUGACAUUGCAACCCGGAAGAGAGGAUGAAGGUGAACCCUGUGGUGUGAAAUAUUUUGUGAAAGUUUUUUCUGGAGAUUCUGAAACUGACCGAACUCACAGAAGGAGUACAGUAGCACUUGGCAUAAGAAAAGUACAAUAUGCACCUUCAAAACAAGGCCGCCAACCAUGUACUGUUGUGAGGAAAGAUUUUAUGCUUAGUCCUGGUGAGCUUGAACUGGAAGUAACUCUAGACAAACAGGUUUACCACCAUGGAGAAAAAAUUGGUGUCAAUAUUUGUAUUCGAAAUAACAGCAACAAAGUUGUUAAGAAAAUUAAAGCAAUGGUUCAACAAGGUGUUGAUGUUGUACUUUUCCAAAAUGGCCAAUACCGUUCUGCUGUUGCAAGUGUUGAAUCACAAGAAGGUUGUCCUGUAAAUCCUGGAUCCAGUCUCCAGAAAGUAAUCUAUCUAAUACCUACAUUAGAGUCUAAUAGAGGAAGACGAGGUGUUGCUCUGGAUGGUACUCUCAAACACGAAGAUGUUACAUUAGCAUCAACAACUCUACUUGCCUCUCCAGAUCAUCGAGAUGCAUUUGGAAUAGUGGUGUCAUAUUCCGUGAAAGUGAAACUUUAUCUUGGUGCUCUUGGAGGUGAACUUGUUGCAGAACUACCGUUAGUUCUUAUGCAUCCUAAGCCAGAAAAGAUGAAAGCUGUACAUGCAGAUAGUCAUGCUGAUGUAGAGACAUUUCGACAGGAAACCUUUGAUGGUGACAUGACAAAUGCUGCUAAAUGCUGACGUGAUAUCUCUAAUACUGUCAUGCAAUGCAUUCUACAAAUUUAAGCAAAAAUAAAUAUAAAUAAAUAAAUGAGAUCAUCACAUAUGACACUGAUAAUUAAGGAUUUGUCCUCAUUAUAACAAAAUCAUUAUUAGACCAAUAGGCCAUCCUGAUCAUUCAAAAUUGCCUUUUAAACAGCUGUCUUGAUUUCUUUUACGGUUUUUGAUUGAAGUGAGAAGAAAACUAUAUUACAUCUGAAAUUUAUUAAUGUAAGCAUGAAUCAGUGCAAAUACUAUCAGCAUAAACAAAUACACUGGUCACAAGUUGUGAUGAGGAACAAUUGUAUGGAUGAAAUGUCAAAUGAAAAAUAAGUCUGUGACAAAAUGUGAAGAGAAUGCAGUCACAUACUUAGAGAUGAGCACAGAGAGGGAAAAAAAGAUCAGUACAAAUAAAGGGAUGAGAGAACACAAAAAAGAAAA